GUGCGCGAAGCCGCUAGCAUUCAGAGCCUGGCCAGCUCCUUGAACCACAACAUUGCCCGUGUCGCUUUUAGCAGGCAAACCUACAGCUAUUUCAACCAAGCUGAUGGAACCGUUGCUGGUUUCCAAUCCUACGGCCGCAGCGAUUCACAGCUGAAGCGAUACAAGCAGGUCGGGGCAGUGUCCCACGUUGAGGCCCAAUACGCAGGGCUAGUCUCCCUUUUGCAGUCUGUUUGUGUGAAGCACAUCGUGGGCAUUAGAAUUGUUGACGACACGAAUGCCUGGGUGGCUCCGCAGCAGCAGGCUACAAUCGAAGCAGCGUUUCAUCCAGAAGACCUUGUGGAUGAUGGCAGUGACCCGCACUUGUGUCAGGCCAAGAAAACCAGCUCGAAUUCUGGCAAGCAAGGCAAAAGAAAGGUGUGCCAAGUGCUGGGAUUGAUUGAAUGUCUUGUCAUCAGGAAAGACAGAGACCUAGACAUUGUGCAGCUUCAUGCGCCCGCGCAAGUCUUGCCCAAGGCUAAUGCUGGAACCUUGCUGCAUCGGGUCGGAAAAUGGUCAAUGCUUUCACAAGUGCGUGGGGAACAUGUUUGCAGAGAUGAAGCUCGGGAGAUGCUUGGCCGUGCCAAGAUCAAGAUGUAUGUGACUUGCACUGAUUCGCUCACAGCCAACCUCAGCGUGGCAGGGAUGGAGCAGUCCCGUUUCCAGACAAGAGGUACCGAUGGCUCGAUAUCUUGCCAGGCCUUCUCGUUUUGCACGCACCACCAAGGUUGUUCAGCCAAGAAACCCAUUAUUCUUGCCGCAGAGGGCUUAGCCACCAACCUUGUCAGAAUGGCCCACGCAUCUAAAACGACUCUCUUUCGUUCCCGCUUGGCCAAUAGCUUGGAUGCAUUGGCCCGACAAGCUGUGAGGAUGGAAGUGGUGGAAGUACCAUUGUCGGCAAAGGUUGAUCAGAACAGAGCUGUUCUGAAUCUUUGCAGCAGCGAUUUGCAGAACUCGGACGGGCAAGAGUUGAUUUUGAGCAUGCUCAACAAUGAUUGGGGCUGCCCUUUGAACAAUGGUUCUUUGCUACACUUCUGCAAGCCAAAUUGUUGCAAGACAAAAGAGGACUUCCAGUUCAAAAUGCGGCAGGCGCUCGAG